CCCACACCCACCCCGUGCGGAGGCCUGGUUCUCCUCGCGUCAGGCCCUCGGGCGGCUCGCGGCGGCGCGGCGCGCACCCCGGCCUGGCAUGGCCUGCGGGGUGUUCUGUAACCGCUGCUUCCAGCCGCCCCGCCGGACCUCGAGCUUCAGCCUGACCAACUGCGGCCACGUGUACUGCGACGUCUGCCUGGCCAAAGGUAGGAAGGGUGAAUGCCUGAUUUGUAAAGUCCCUUGUCAUAUGGUCUUACUUUCAAAACAUACUGACUGGCACAUCCAAGCAUUCUUCAUGGGCAUCGACAGGCUGUGUAAGAAGUACUCAAAGGAGACCUCGCAGGUGCGUGGGCCACGUCUUGCUCAGAUUUCAGAGUUUCAAGACAAACACAGGAAAAGACUGUUGGCCUUCUAUAGAGAAAAGAUUUCUAAGCUGGAAGAGUCCCUCCAGAAGUCAGCACUGCAAAUAGAGCAGCUGCAAAGCACGAGAUUAGCACAGAAGACAACUUUCAGCACCGGGAAAAUCCCAGCUUCAACUCCUCCCGCUGAGCUAAGAGGACAUCUGCUCCUGGCCCCUGACACAUUGGCCUCUGGAAGAGUGGAGUCCAUGGAAGUUGACCUCACUCCUUCCCCGAUGAGAAAGCCUGAGAUCGCAGCUGGCCCGACAAGAAUCUCCCUGAUUAGUCCUCCUCAAGAUGGGCGCAUGGGCGGCAUCUCCCACCGUGGCCCUCAGCGCCCCAGCCUGACGCCUCAUCUCGCCAGCGUGCCACCAGCACCCAGCAGGGUCCCACCGCUGCAGAUCCCGGGCAAGGGGCUGUCCCCAGCGCCAGCCCCCCUGGUUCCCGGCGGAGGGAGGAGAGGGGGCACGCCCAGCCUCGGAGGUGCCCAGACCACCAGCCAGCAUCUCGGGGCUGCUGCAGAAGCAGCACUUAGGGUCCGCCGGCCUUGGGAGUCACACACGCAAGGCGAACGUGGUCCUGCCCCUCGACUCUGUUGACACCCGGGUCCAAGGCCAGCCCGUGAGCAGACAUUAGCAGGCAGUGUGUCCUCUUCUUUCUUGAUGGAAUAAUUAAGUAAUGCAGUUGAAUAAAGCUUUCUAUCUGGGGAA